AUGGAAGGUCGGAUGGUACCUUGCGUCGGCACCGUCAUGACGUGGUUCGUCUCUGCACGCCGCUGGACAGCUGGUGACGGGAUGGAUCUCCACAUCGACAUCGCCUUGACGCGCCCACCUACGCCGUCGGACACCGCGGCUUACGGCGAAUUCGAGUCGCUCUCCACUACAACCCGAAGUCGUGGUUCCAUAGUGGAGUUCGGCCGUGCCACAACGGCACAUGGCAGCCCUAUUCAGGGAUGGCACUGCCAGCCCCCACGAGGGGAAAGGCCUAGAAAAGGUGGCCUAAACAUUGCUGAGUACCACGCCGUCUCCAGGCUAGCCAGGGCCGCAGACGUCGAAUCAUGGUCGAAACAAUCGAAAUCGAAACAACAACAAUACCAAUGACAACAACAACAACAACAACAACAACAACAACAACAACAACAACAACAACCAUACUCAUUCUCCUUAUCCUACCUCUUCUACCUCUUUCUCUGAAUUUUCUUCUGCCUAUUCUUCUCCUUCGUCACCUUUUUCUCCAUCUCCCUCCAGUCGCCCCACUCGUUGUCACCAGACUAGCAGGGUGAGUCCGCUAACUCUGGCAGCCUGGAAUGCUCGUUCCCUUUUAGACAAUCCGCGGAGCAACCGACCGGAACGGAGGACAGCGUUAGUGGCACGAGAACUGGCGUGCUACAAGGUGGACAUCGCCGCACUCAGCGAGACCCGUUUCUCCGAACAAGGCCAACUGGAAGAGGUGGAAGCCGGUUACACCUUCUACUGGAGUGGUCGACUCAGGGCAGAGCGACGAGACGCGGGUGUUGCCUUUGCCAUCCGGAAAGACACCGUGGGACGACUGCCCAGACUGCCGCAGGGCAUCAACGAUCGCCUGAUGAGCCUACGUCUGACUGCGGAGUGGGGGCAAAUUCGUAACCAUCAUCAGCGCCUACGCUCCGACGAUGACCAACCCCGACGCCGUCAGAGACAAAUUCUACGAGAACUUGCCCGCUCUCUUGGCGACUGUGCCGUAGGGGGAAAAGUUGAUUGUCCUUGA